UUUUUUUUUUUUUUUUUUUAUAAAGAAAGAGCUUAGCUUUAGACCACUGUUCUCGAAAGAUGAACAAGAAACCCAAGAUUUUGAGCUCCGUAUCAUUAAGUAUGAAUCACAAACGAAAAGGCUCGUCUCUUCGUCGCUUCUUCUCUUUAGUGUUUUUUCUUGCAAUGGUCUUCCUUUUAGGGAAUGCAUUUAUUACAGUAGACUAUAAAGAGGGAAUUGCGGGAUGGAGUUCGAUUUUUAGACUAAAUCUUGCAAAACUGCAGAUGUGCAAGACACAACUCAGGCCUCCUGGUAGCGAGACGUUACCGAGAGGUAUUGUUGCAAGUACAUCUGAUUUGGAAACGCGACCAUUAUGGGGAGCAAAGCGCAAUAAAAAACCAAAGCCGAACUUAUUAGCUAUGGCAGCCGGAAUAAAACAGAAGAGAAGUGUUAACAAGAUUGUCAAGAAGUUUUCAUCAAGUGAGUUCGUUGUGAUGCUGUUUCAUUAUGAUGGCGUCGUGGAUGAAUGGAAGGAGUUCGAGUGGAGUGAAACUGCUAUUCAUAUUUCUGUAGUAAACCAAACCAAAUGGUGGUUCGCUAAGCGUUUUCUUCACCCGGAUAUUGUCUCAACAUAUUCUUAUAUAUUUCUAUGGGAUGAAGAUCUUGGUGUUGACCAUUUUGAUUCUACAAGGUAUGUUUCAAUUAUUAAAGAAGAAGGGCUUGAAAUAUCACAGCCUGCUCUUGAUCCCUAUUUCUCUGAAGUGCAUCACCAACUUACCUCCCGGGACAGCAAAUCUAGAGUACAUAGGAGAACAUACAAAGUCAUUGGUCAGGCUAGGUGCGACAAGAAUAGCACUGCACCUCCUUGCACGGGAUUUGUUGAAAUGAUGGCUCCUGUGUUUUCCAGAGCAGCCUGGAGGUGUACAUGGCAUAUGAUUCAGAAUGACUUAAACCACGGAUGGGGUAUAGAUUUUCAGCUUGGAUAUUGCGCGCAGGGUGAUCGAACCAAAAAUAUCGGCAUUGUUGAUUCUGAGUAUAUACUUCAUAUGGGUCUUCCUACAUUAGGAGGUUCAGCUGAAAACAAGACCAAGACUCAGCAUGACUCAGACAUAUCUGUAUGCAAUUCUUUACUAGAUUUUGCUCUCUCUUCUUUUUGCCCUUUAAGAUAUUCACAUCAUUGUCUUAUAUUACUGUUAUCAUGCAGAAACCAUCAUCAACAUCAUCUGGUAGAUCUGAGGUAAGCUUUUAACCUAUCAGUUUUCUAAUCUUAACAUCCAUAGAGUGCUUUGUAUGACUAAACUCUCUGUUCACAUAAUGUUCAUUACCUUACCU